AUGGUGCGAAAAGGGAAGGAGACAGCCGUGCCCGAGGAGCAUCCCGGCGGAGGACAUAUUGCGGUUACGGCGCAGCAGUCGCGGUAUGCGCUGGAUGCCGUUGAUGCGCCGGCGUCGAAAGAGAUUCUUGUGAAGGAUCUCUCCAUAAGUGUGUCGAAUCGGGAACUUCUCAGCCACGCGAAUCUUCACUUGGUCGAAGCCCGGCAUUAUGUCCUGGUGGGGCGGAAUGGCACAGGGAAAUCCACUCUACUCGAAGCGAUUGCCGACGGCCUGAUCCCUGGGAUCCCGUGGAGUACGAGAAUUUUGCUCCUGGGCCAGGCGCGAGAGGCCGAGCUUGAAGAAGAGCUUGGUGGGUUGAAGUUGGAGGAUGAGACGGCGUUGCAGCAUGUCGUACGGAGUGAUCGAGUAAGGGAGCGGUACACGCGGGAAGCGCGGAUAUUGAGCGAGGCCGUGGAGCACCCGACCGACCCGAUGGCACCGGUGAGAGCCUACAGGAAGAUUUAUCAUGAGCGGUUAGCGGUGCAGUUGAAAGAAGCACAUCGCAUCGCCGAGAGAAGAAGCGGGGCAAGAGGGAAGCAGGCCAGGAAGGAGCUCAUCAAAGCCGAAGAGCGCUUCGGGGAAUCGAAGGCCAUGCUGGAGCAGGAUGAGAGUGAGAUUGGUCUUACGAAGCUGAGCGAGGAGACGCAUGCCGCUGCGGAUAUGCUUACUAGCGUCCAAUCUGCGCUCGAGCUGAUGGAUGCUUCGGAGGCAGAGGUCAAGGCAAGAUCUGUCCUUCUGGGCUUAGGGUUCAAGGAGGAUCGGAUCGACAAACCCUUCUCACAGCUAUCCGGAGGAUGGAGGACGCGUUGCGAUCUUGCAUGCGCGCUCUGCCAGUACGCCGACGUUCUGCUGCUCGACGAACCUACCAAUUUCUUGGACCUUCCAUCAAUCAUCUGGCUACAGGAUUACAUCCGCAACCUCACGGGAACCACGGUGCUCAUCACCACGCACGACCGAGACUUUGGUGAUGCAGUGGCGGAGGAAUUGAUCAUCCUUCGACAUCAAACCCUCGAGACGUUCCGUGGCAAUCUCAGCCUGUAUGAACGAGAGCGCUACAAGAAAGCGCGCUACCUGACCAAGAUGAAGGAGGCCCAGGACAAGCAGAAGACACACAUGGAGAAGACAGUGGCCAGCAAUAUCAAAGCAGCGCGAGAGAAAGGCGACGACAAGAAGCUCAAACAAGCUGCGUCCCGGAAGAAGAAGCUCGACGAACGAAUGGGUAUAGAAGUGGGUCUGAAGGGAGGCCGAUUCAAGCUCAACCGCGAUCUUGGGGGAUAUUUUCUCAACAGAAGGGCGGAGAUUGAGAUUCCAGACUUCGAUCCAUCGGUCAAAAUGGCCUUUCCCAGACAGCCGCCAGAUCUGCGGUUCCCCGGCGCGCUGGUGAGCCUCGAGAAGGUGUGCUUUGCCUAUCCGGGGAGUAGGAAGGUACCUGUCUUGACUGAUAUUACCUUAACUAUCCAUCCGGGAGAGAGGGUGGGCCUCGCAGGACUCAAUGGAUCCGGGAAGACGACCUUGGUAUCCCUCAUUAUGGGUAGUGGAGAUGAUGCUGCAGGAGGCCUUGCACCCACGUCAGGCACCAUUACUCGGCAUUCUCGUGCGAAGUUUGGCCGUUUCUCCCAGCAAUGCGUUGAGGAAAUCAAUGCAAUAGCUGCGGCUAGUCCGAAGCUCACGGCGCUGUCGCACUUGAUGGAAUACUGUGGGAGCGAAAUGGAAGAGAAGGAUGCAAGGCAGAUCCUGGGGAGCCUGGGACUACAAGGACAGGUGGCAUCAGACGUUCCGCUCGCGUUACUCUCUGGAGGACAGAAGGUCAGACUGGCAUUGGCGAAGCUCCUGUGGCCUCCGCCGCAGUUACUCAUUCUGGACGAGGUCACGACGCACUUGGAUGCGGAUACGAUUCUGGGCCUAGUCAACGCAUUGCGGGAGUACGACGGUGCGCUCUUGGUAGUCACCCACGACAGGUACUUCAUGAGGACUGUGGUGGAGGGCGAGAGCCCGUACAAGCUAGCGCCAGGGGCGCACACGGACGAGCAGCCCGAAGAGGAGGAUUCCGACGACGAGGAAGCAGGGGCGCCUGCGGGAACCGUUUAUCGGCUCGUCAAGGGGCAGUUGAAGAAGCUGGAGGGCGGCAUGGAGCAACAAUUUCGAUUCCAUGACAAUGCUCUCCCUUUGCAUAUACCCGACCGUUGUCAUAAUUAUGCCUUAGCUGCCUCUCGCGCCUUUUGGAACGCUGCCGUGAGCUUGAUUGUCCCUCGUUUCCGAAUUCCGAUUCCCGCCUGCCGUUCCGCGACGCUGUGGUGGACUCCUGAGCUGGCCAUGACAGAAGCUCAACCUCCAGCUCCAGCUCCAGCCCAACCUCCGCCCCGCGACACCUCCGAGCCCGCCGACCCCUCGCAGCCCCAGCUCAAAGCGCCCAAGGACAAGCACUGCCCGUUUUGCGGCCAGGCAUUCACGUCGAGCAGCCUCGGCCGCCAUCUCGACCUCUACAUUCGCGCGAAGAACCCGAAGCCGGCCGAUGGCGUGCACGUCGUGGAGGAGAUACGCAAGAUCCGGGGCGGCAUCACACGCAGGCAGGCGAAGGGCUCCGUCAAGAGGGAGGGCAGCGGCACGCCCGCAAAGAAGCACUCGGUGACGGGCGAUGGCUCGCCGUCAAUCGCGCAGAGCCCAGACGAGGACGACGAGCUGCCGGAGCUGAGGCCGGCGAAGCAGAGACAGCAGUUCAAGGACGUCAGCUGGGGCGGGCCGAGCACCGCUGCGCCGCGGGCACUGGGCGCGAAGACGCCAGAGGUGAGGAGAGAGGUGUCCCGGCAGAUGCAAAAGGCGGAAUUGGACCAGCGGCACAAGCUGUCGGUGGACCAGGAGACGGCGAGGGCAACAGAGCUAGCUUUGCGGGAGCUGCUGCGGAGCGUCAGGGAAGCUAACGCGAAAGCCACGGGCCAAACCCUGUUCGACUUCGACCCGUACACUCUCAACUUCCCCAGCCUCUGCCUGCAGAUACUCCCUCCGCCCUCGACCCUCUUCUCCCCGACGCCGUUUCCCACAAGCGAGUCGUGGUCCAUACAGCCGCCUGGCCAGAAGCAGCUCGAGGCUCUCAAUCGCCAGGUACGCGAGCGGUUGCUUGCACACCAGCGGCAGAAGCAGAUAAAUCACGCCUAUCCCUCCUGCUCGCAUUCGAACCCCCCGUCUGGCCGCAAUUCUCCGCUCCCGACGCCGCCCCUUUUCGACCCCGACCCGCAGAAGCUGUUCUGCCAUAUUGCGGAUGCAUACAAUCAUUGGAUACACCAGCCAGACAAGGCGCGGCAGGAACACUGGCAGGUGGAAGUCCUGCGGUCAUAUGCGCGCGCCAACCAUCUACGGCGGGAAGCGGAGACUAGCCUGGAGAAUGCACGGCGAGAGAUUGAAUAUCUAAAGUCGAAUCGAAGGGCAUCAGGAGGGCCGGAGCUCUCCCCGAUCAGCUUCACGCUGGGCACGGAGACGGUCAAGGAGCUGGGCAGGCAUGGCAUGGACUUUCGAAACUGGGACUAUGACCGCUUGAUCGAGAAGUGGAAGAGCGUCGUCAGAGAAACUAAGAAUGUGGCGAGUGGUCUGGCGGCACAGAAACCACUGCCAAAUGCACCGUCGAGGAGUUGUUCAAUGGCGAGCAUACCUGCGCAGCCCUUCACCAGCAUCAAUACCAGUGCUGCUGCACCCAACGUCAAGGUGGAAUCGACGCCGUAUUCAGCGCCGCCGACUACAAUUGGCACAGAGCUCGGCAGCGAUCAAAUCGAUGCUGAAGGCGAGGAUGACGAUGCAGACGUAGACCUCGACGUUGUACCCGCUUCGCAAGACGUCUCCAUGGACAACACGCCUCUUCACGGGCUUCCGCAUCAACCUACGCCCAUCCACCCAGCACAGAUGCACGCCCAUCUUCAAUCGCAGGCCCAUGCUCAAGCCCAAGCACAGGCCCACGCACAGGCACAAGCCCACGCUCAAGCACAGGCACAAGCUCAGGCGCAAGCUCAGGCAUGGGCCGCCGCCCGACAGCACAUGAAUCGGAGUCGAAACCAGCAGCAUCAACAACAACACCAUCACUCGCAUCCACAGCUAUCCCCUCAUCCCUCGCAUAUGGGCUCUGCGACGAACAGUCGCCGAGCUUCUGCCGUGCUUAUGGAUGCCCAUGCCAUGAAUGCAGGCGGGAUGCUGCCUAUGGAUGGGAUCGAGAACCAUCAAGACCAGUUCCUGAGAAUGGAUAUGGGCCUUGCGACCGGGUUCGUAGGCUCCAACGCCGACACAGUAUGA